GUUUGGUUCACAGGGUUGAGCCAAUUAUCAGCAGGUGUUUCUUGUCACACUGUUACUACAAACGUCCUCCCAGCACUUUAAUCACUCUGAGAUGGAGGGACAGCCUCAGAAAAGUAUAUUGAAGCACAGAAACGCUAGCAUGAAAUAUCAGAGGAUGUGGCUGAACUGGCUGCUGGUUGUUUUUCUCAACACUAAUCAUUUAGUGAACUCCUUCUCUUUUGAAGCUGAUGACUUUGAUCCAGAGGCAGAAUGGGAAUCGAUGGAAAAUUUACCAUCAAGCGGAAAUGGUUAUGACAGUGACUUGUUUGUGCCAAAAUCCAAAAGGCUCUUAAACACGAACCCUCCGCUAAAACUACCGGCGUCGGUACGAAUCCCAGCGGAUGAACUCUACAAAGAGUAUUUCACCCCUGAGAAGGGCAGUAAACCGAUACCUCCGCUGGUUCAGUCGAUACUUCUGCCCACAGCACCUACCGAGAUAUCAGCUACUCCGGUCCCCGGUGAACCGAAGACGGUGGAGGUUUUGUGUUACCUGGACCGGAUGUACGUGAGAGUCCUGAAGAGCUUUUGUUCUAGUCCCGGCGCGAGGACGCACUUGAAACUGGGAACGUGUGCUGUCAAUAAAGCCACGGCCACUCACUAUUAUCUUCUGUAUCCUCUGAAAGGAUGUGGUGUAGAACGAGAGGAGGAUGCCAAUCGAGUGACUUACACGAAUACGCUCCAUUAUACACCAGCUGCCACCAGUUUGAUCGUGAGGGACCUGCCGUUUUCGAUGCAAAUUCGUUGUACCUACACAAAGUUCCAUCGCUCUUAUCAGGUUGGAUUCAUUCCCAAGAUAGCAGGUGGAACCUUGUACAGGGGCCUACAAACUCCAGCAGGGUUCUCACUUAUGGCAAUGGACGCAUCUUGGAACUCGCUUGCUGAUGGCCAGAGUUUUGUCCUUGGCCAACCCGUAUGCUUUGAAGCCAAAGGCCCCAGUGUUGCAAACAAACGGCUGUACAUGAACAGUUGUUUUGUUAGUUCCACUCCAUACCUUCAGUCGGUGGAGAAAUAUUCUGUGGUGGAGAAUUAUGGAUGCCUAGUGGACAGCAAGAACAGCUUUCUGACGAAGUUCCACACCAGUGUUAAUAAGAUGACUGUGAGGCUUUGUGUUGCAGCUUUUCUGUUUGAAAACAUGAUUUCUCUGCCACAGUCCAAAAAGACUAUGUUUAUGCAUUGUGAGUUGGUCUUUGGACCACAGACUCCUACACCAACUGCCAAGUCAUGCACGUAUGAGGCAAAAAACAACCAGUGGACUGAGCUAUAUGGUGAUGCCACCGUGUGUGACUGUUGUGCAUCUACAUGUCCUACUCCUCAAGUUCCAUCUGUAGGUAAGACAUUGAUCACCAGUGAUUCUUGGGACUUGAAGAUGCGCCCAGAAACCUCACCUCUUUCACCUGAGUCCAUGCCUGAAUUGUCUUUAUCUGGCCAUGAUGACUUUGAUUUGUUCUGGGAAUCUGAUGAUUACUAGAAAAA